AGGCAAAUUACUUCUAACCACUUCCUUAACUAGCUGGUUGAAAAGACAAGAAAAAAUCUAAUAACAUAUACAUUUCUAUCGUUAUCCCAACCACUCCGUAGCCUCCAUUGACUUCCCUUGCAAACAAUUACCAUCCGUCACAAUGGCAUUCACAACCAAAGCCAAGAUCGCCUCCUUCGGGGGCACGCUCUACAAGCUCUCCCACGCCUCCUCCUCGACUGGGACCGAGAUGGCAGUGUCCGUGUACCUGCCCCCGCAGGCGACCAAGCAAGGGGCCAAGGUUCCCGUGCUGUUCUACCUCUCCGGCCUGACCUGCACGCCCGACAACUGCUCGGAGAAGGGCUUCUUCCAGCACGCGGCCUCGCAGCGCGGCCUCGCCAUCGUCUACCCUGACACCUCCCCGCGGGGGCUCAACCUCCCCGGCGAGAAGGACAGCUGGGACUUUGGCGAGGGCGCGGGCUUCUACGUCGACGCGACGCAAGAGCCGUUCUCGGCGGGUUACAAGAUGGAGAGCUACGUGUCCCGCGAGCUCCCCGCUGCGCUCUUCGGCGACGCCGAGUUCGGCCGCUUCCUCGACGGCGGCCGCGUCUCCAUCACGGGCCACAGCAUGGGCGGACACGGCGCCCUGACGCUCUACCUCAAGAACCCGGGGCAGUACCGGUCCGCCAGCGCGUUUGCGCCCAUCUCGAACCCGGGCCUGUGUCCCUGGGGCGAGAAGGCGUUCAAGGGCUACCUCGGCGAGGACCGCGAGGAGUGGAAGAGGCACGACGCCACGGAGCUGGUAAAGGGGUGGAAGGGCGGCGACCUGAAGAUGCUCGUCGAUGUUGGGACGGGGGACAACUUCUACAAGCAGGGCCAGCUGCUGCCUGAGAACUUUGAGAAGGCCGUCAAGGAGGCUGGGCUGCAGGGGCUGGAGUUGAGGUACCAGGAUGACUAUGACCACUCGUACUUCUUCAUGGCCUCGUUCAGCGACGAUCACGUCAACCACGCGGCGAAGCACCUGGGUCUAUAAAAGGAACGCUCCGAUGUUAUGUCCGUGUUGACUUUGUAUGUAAGGUGAACAAAAUAUCAUGUGCGAAUAGCCUUCUGUGUGCAGAUCGUUCAAGGUUGUCGGCCAGGGAGAGAGAAUAUACAUACGGCGGCGUUUCACCCCAGGUCAACAGAAGUAUUCAGCUCAUCCUUCGUCAAGUUCAUAGACUCAUUUCCAUCCUUUAAAACUCCUCAUAGCGCCGGU